AUGAUACGAGCCGGGAGAGUGGUCGUAAUUGCAGUCGCAGCUGUGCUGGUCUGCUGCAAUGCUGAUCCACAGAGGGAACAAGAUGGGAGCGUAAGUGAACACAGCUCUGACCGCUACGAUGCUAAUGAUUAUAGACAAAGAGAAUUACAAAACUUUUUGAGGUUCCUCUGGCAAAAAGAACACAGAAAUGGGGACACAAAAAUUAACGGUAUUGGUGGAAGCACAUUGCUGGGUAGAAGCACCAUGUUAGGAAGAAACAUUAAUGGUUUCAGUGUGCCAAUAUCUGGAGAAAGUUAUGAAAAAAAUCCAGACAGGAAUCUUAAUGGUAUCGGCGGUUCUACACUUAUAGGAAGAAGUUUUAAUAAAAAUUUAAACGGAAUAGGUGGAUCUACUAUAUUAGGCAGGAAUGCUGAAGAAGAAAGUAACGUAUAUGCUCGAUUCGUAGAUCCUCUUGGUGGCAGCAACUUUGUCCGUAACUUGGACUCUCUUGGUGGAGGGAAUUUCGUUAGGAAUCUUGAUUCACUGGGCGGGAGUAACUUCAUCAAAAGAAACUUAGAUCAAAUUGGAGGACCUAACCUUGUUAAGAGAAAUUUAGACUCGUUAGGUGGCGGAAAUUUCGUUCGAAAUUUAGACCCUCUUGGUGGAGACAACUUUGUGCGAUCUCUUGGCGAUGAAAACUUCAUUUAA